AUGGAGCGGAAGGCGGCGACAGCAGUUGCUGGGAUCAUCGGUUUUGGUAUUGUUUCUAUUUUUUUCCUGGUUUCAAGCACGACGUUGAGGGCUGAACGUCCUUACUAUCUGAUGAUGAAGCCUGCCAGAACGCAGGAACUUUGGUUUGGCCCAGGAAUUGCUGAUGAUUUGAACAGAAUGGUCAGAAUAGGGCAAGACAUGUCUCCUAAGCUCAGUGAAUACAUCAAGAAAGGCCUCGAGGCUCAGGCGAGGAUGGUGCAUCUGGACGACAUGCACCAAGAUGAGAUCUCACACGCCAACGACGAGGCGGACGCCUGGACCAAGAAUGGGGGCAACAACAAUGGAGGGAACGAGCCUUGCAUGCUUCCCCCCGGAGAAUGCCCGUGAGCGUCUGACCGUCCGAUCUGCCGCCGCUUCCUUUCCAUUCAGCGAUGUGAUAGAGACAUCAUCUUGUCUUAAUGUUGUAUUAAUAUUCAAACAAGCAAAGGCGUC